AUGUCUAGAGCCAAGAGAAUUAUGAAAGAGCUGCAAGCGGUCAAGGAUGACCCUGAGGCCAACAUCAGUCUGGAGUUCGUCAGCGAGUCUGACAUCCACCAUUUGAAAGGUUCGUUUCUAGGUCCACCGGGGACACCAUACGAGGGUGGUAAGUUCAUUGUGGACAUCGAGGUGCCCAUGGAGUACCCGUUCAAGCCUCCAAAGAUGAAGUUCGACAGCAAGGUGUACCACCCAAACAUCUCGUCGGUCACAGGCGCCAUCUGUCUGGACAUCUUGAAGAACGCAUGGUCCCCAGUGAUCACAUUGAAGUCGGCGCUGAUCUCGCUACAGGCACUGCUGCAGUCCCCGGAGCCCAACGACCCACAAGACGCAGAAGUCGCCCAACACUACCUACGAGAUAGGCAAUCCUUCGACAAGACCGCCGCACUCUGGACAAAGCUGUACGCAUCCGCCGAGGGCUCAGGCGACAGCGUGGACGAAGCACAACUCUACGGUAUCGACCCAGAGAUCGUCAAGGAGUUCGAGUCCCAGGGAUUCGAGAAGAACAAGAUCGUCGAGGCCCUCAGACGCCUCGGAGUCAAGUCCCUCGACCCUAACGACAACGCCACAGUCAACAAGAUCAUCGAGGAACUGUUGAAGUAG